CGGUUGCCCCGGUUCUCGACCUUCACGAGACGUCGUCUGUUGACCUUGAGGAUCAGGAAAAAUCAAUAUCGGGUCAUCAUCGUUCGAGCGGGUUACGUCACCUAGACUACCGAAAGCAAACAACGCAACAAGGCUCCGCUCGUCUUUUAAGACUGGAACUGGUGUUGUCGCUGCGUUUGUGCAAAAUGAAUAACCGCAGAUCUCGAGUGUAUACGGCCCCCGUCCCGAAAAUGCCACCCGGCCUGCUGAAGUUAAUGGAGGGGCUGAGCGAGGACGUUUUGAGAAAUAAACCAUCCGAUAUUUAUGAGUUUUGUGCGGACCACGUCCAGAAACUGCUGCAGAUCCGAGAUGACGACAGACAGCGAAAAAAACCCACGUCUUUGGAACAGAAAAUAGCAAAAGCUCAGAAUAUAAUAAGGGAAAGAGCUAAACAGCGGCGCAAAUGUUACGAAAAAAAUUAUCAAACAUUUCUAGAAGACAACGAGACGCGGCCAGCUCCCGACGUUGUGAAUGAUGAUACGGAAGAUGCGUCGGUUGCGAAACGCGAGAUGGUUCAGGAUAAUCUCCCCGCAUAUACGUCUCGUCGAGAAGAAAUAACUCGGGAAUUAUUUGAUAAUAAUAUAACAUAUCCGAACAUUGUGUCUGGCGAAUGUCGUGAGCGCCAACUUGAAAAUAGUAAUUCCAAAAAUAAUACAUUUAAUGAAAAUGAAUGUACGUCAGAUGUCUCCGGAAACCAAUUAAUCAAAGGUGCGGUAGUUGUAAGCCCUACCGUUAUUGAAAACGCAAACGUUUUAGAUGAAGAAUUUUGUUCAACAGAUGUAAAAAUUCAUCAUAACUUGACGAGUCCAGAUUAUAGCGCGUCGUCAGGAACCAUUGAAAAUAUUGAGUUGGAACCAAAAAUACCUAAAGAGUUUCCUCUUUCUCCGGAUGACGCUGGAUCCGCUCGAGAGGAUAAUUUCGAAGGCGUUAACUUCUCUGAAGAAGCGGAAAAGAUAAGGGUAUGCGAUGAAGAAGAUGCUGCGUCUAAUGUCCUAGGAGCUCAUCACCAGAUGGAUCUCGAAACGGCAGCUAUAACGAUUCAGAAAGUUUUUCGAACUUUCCUCUUCAAAAGUAAAACUACCAGCUUAGAUGAUGCAACAAACGUUGACAUCAAUCUUUUUAUUAAAGAGAACGAUUUGGAGAAUAAUAUUAAUAUGACUAAUAAGGAACGUCGAGGAAUCAGUAGAAUGGACACCGUACUUCAAACUGUUAACGAGGAGAAAUCGUUGUCAUUAUCUACAGAUGAUUCUUCUACUUUGUCAAGUGCGGCGACAAUUAUUCAGGCGCAUAUAAGGGGGUUUCUAGUUAGAAAUAAAUUUAACGUUAACAAAACCCAUUCUUCUACAGAGUCCAUGAUAGAUUCUAAAGACUUUUCUGGUACGUCCUUGGAAAAAAGUAACGAUCUACAAAAGACGAAAACCGUUUUAAAUAUUCACAUUGUGCCUGAAAAAGAUAAUUUCCCAGGGAGAGAUGAGAGUUUCGCGACUUCCAUGGAUUUACCUAUGGACGAUAGCCUCCAUUUACUAUCUUCACACGCUAGUUACGAUAUCGUCGAACGCCGAAAACAAUUGAAGCGUGAAGAUGCCAUUCAAUCCGUCACACCGCCGAGCAAUACCAGUAGCAGUAAACUCAGCGAAGAUAUGGACUCUGUCAGGGAACAAGUUGCCUGCGACGAAGCCAAAGGCUCAGAGGGUUUCAUUGAAUAUCAAAGCAAUGUAGAGGCCCACGAAGGUCAAACCGCAGUAGAAAUAGAAAAUAACGCGAUCCAACAUUCUUUGGAAAAAGAUGAUGAAACAGUGAACGAUCAAGAUAGUCGUAGCCCGUUAAAUAUCGACAGCGUUCAUAAAAUUCAACGUGAAUGUACUGAAACUGGCAGUUUAAAGCAUUCCAGUGAGUUUCAUGAAGUGAUAUUACCCACAAAAGUUACCAGAAGUGACACGUCUGUCGUCCGUGGUGAGUGAAGACAUCUUUUGUCAGAAUUUAAUAAUGUGUUUGCAUACCUUCUUCUCUGGGAUUACACAUAAAAAGGAAGAGUGUGAGAUUUACUUAUGCACGCUACUAAACUUUCUUUUUAUUACAAAAAAUUAUACUAUUAGCAGUA